AUCUGUUGCAACUCGCGUCGUGCGGUACGGUCUUAAAGAGCAAAACAAAAGGCGGACAGAUGCUACUAAAAAAGAACAAAUAAUUUUUCAUAAAAAACAGAUAAAUAAUCACAAAACACACAAAUACUCCAACACACACAUGUAAAGUGACAUAUGUGGGGCUACCUCCUGUCGGCCAUACGAUUACAUGCAAACAACAGCAACCAGCCAUAUGUAGCAAUCACAUAUCCCUAACUACUACCCAUAAAACGAGAGAUAGAGUGUUAAUGUGUGUGUGUGUGUGAGUGUGUGUUGUAUGUGAAAUUUUGAAACAAAUUGCUGUCGAUAUUUUUUUUUGUUUUGUUGCCAUAGUUGUUGUUGUGUUUCAUUUCCGUUCGGCUGUUCAAUUUUUUGAAGUGGGGGAAAAAUAACAAAAAAAAAUAAUAAUAAUGGCGACACCAGCUGAACUGGCUCGCCUCGUUGACCUGCAUUUAUCGGAUUUACGUGACCCUGAGCCCAACUGGACAAUAGGCCCAUCACCAAUGGCCGGACGUGGCGUAUUCGCCACACGCGAUAUCCAACAAGGUGAAAUCAUAUUUCGCGAGCGUCCCCUUGUCCUGGGACCCACGGCACGCAAAGGCUCCAUUUUGAACACUUGCGUCUGUUGCCAUAAAUUAUUGGCGGUCAAGGAUUUUUUAUGCAAAAACAAUUGCACUCUGCCUGUAUGUGAUAAAUGUAGCAACUCCGAACAACAUCGCAGCGAGUGUCAACUCUUCCAGCAAUGGAAGCCCAAAGAUUUGCAAAUUAAUGCCGGCAACAAUAAUAGCAGCAACAACAGCCAUGCCAGCAAUGGCAACAAGGAUGCCGAUGAUUGUUGUCCCGUCAAUACAAUGUCGUUGCGCAUAUUGACCGCAGUGCGCGUCUUCUUCCUGCAUCCGGAUCAAAUAGCAUUGGUCGAGGCAAUGCAGGCCAACGAUGACAAAGGCUAUCGAGGCGAAAUUAUUAAAGCCGCUCAAUGUUUCCGCAACUUUCCCACAACCGAUAAACCAUUCAUGGACAGAUUGUUUCGUGUGGUGGGUGUGCUCAAUACGAAUGCCUUCGAGGCACCCUGUCGUAUGGGAGAUCAUGAGAUAUUGUUGCGCGGCUUGUUUCCCUUGACCGCGGUCAUGAACCAUGAAUGCACUCCCAAUGCCAGCCAUUACUUUGACAAUGGCCGCCUGGCUUUGGUGCGUGCUGCACGUUUUAUACCCCAGGGCGGUGAGGUGACCACCACAUACACAAAGAUACUGUGGAGCAAUUUGACCCGUUGCAUUUUUCUCAAAAUGACCAAGAACUUCAUGUGUGAUUGUGUGCGAUGCAGUGAUAAUACGGAAAAUGGUACCUAUCUCUCGGCUCUCUUUUGUCGCGCCCAAGGCUGUAAGAGCAUUGUGAUACCAGUCCAAACCAAGACUCUACAGCCCGACUGGCGCUGUACAACAUGUGAGUCGGUGUUUCCACACUCAAAAAUGGCUCGUUAUCAAGAUUUUGCCCUGAACACCAUCAACAAUCGCAUCAAUAAGGGCAGUGUGGCCGAGAUGAUAACCUUUAUCAAUGACAUGUGUCCAAGAUUUUGUCCGUCCUCCAACUAUGUGUUGGUCGAAGCUAAAUUAAAUGUCAUCUGGAGAAUGUCCCGACCUACAACGGAGGAAUUCAACGAAGAUCAUUUGAAGUGCAAAGAGCGUUACAAGGAGGAAAUUGUGGCCUUAUUAGAAAAACUGGGAGCUGGCGACUGUACCUUAAAGAAAUUGAUAACGGAAGAGAUUCUCUGAUUCGUGGAGAAUGAGGAACUCUCACACAAUGUGUGGCAUAGUUAGAUAUUUUUAAUACAAUUUGUGGUUUCUUUAUACUUUUUUUUUGUUAGCUAGGAAUCUAAGUGAUUAUAAAUUGUUGUGAUUGAAAUUGAAAUAUAAAUUUAACAAAUAUAGUAAAAAUUAAUAAAAACAAAUAAAAAAAUGAAAAUUAAAACAAA